GCUGUAGGAAUUUCUGCAAUUUAGAUUUGUACUUGUCGAGUUCAAAGUUGAUCUUUUAUUUUUAAUGAAUUUUUGUGUGAAACGAACAAAAUGGAGCGCAAAGAAGUGGAUACACAACAGUUCAUCGAUCACACGCUGCUGGCGACAGAGUUGAUGCACAACAACUUUAUGAUGGAUUUAAUGGACCAAUCUGGAGUGUUUCCCAAAGCCGAAGGCCCUAGAAAUCUAAGCACAACCAACAGCAGCACAGGAACUGGCAACGUGGGAGUCGACUAUGUGGAAAAGCAUCACACGCUGACUCCGCCAGAGCUUAAUUUUCACAAUUCCAUAUUCCAAUUUGUGAACAAACAUGUUGUGGAUGAACCAAAUGCAACAAGCUCGAAUGAUGUGCCCGCUUCAAGCGAAGAACGCACACGCAACAGCAACAACUAUCCUAAGGAAACGGAUGUGGAGUUUCUAACACUCAACGAUGUGGUGCCUCAACAAGGCUCCCAACCAACCUUCCCAGCGCUAGCCAUAGAGCCGACUGUGCCCAUUGAUGUGGCAUGUCCGGCACUGCAAGACGAUGAACUGCUCUAUGCGCACAGUGUGUCCACGACAAAUGCCCGCAAAGUGUUACCACACAAGAAGCGCAUUUCGCGUAAGCUCAAGGGUUCGCUGGGUGGCAUGGAAUUGGAACUGGAGCAGCACAAGCAUCAGCAUCAAGUGCCAGUGGUGGCCCCAUACAGUUGUGAGAUCUGUGGCUAUGCUGUACACACACAAAUUGAGUUCUAUGCGCAUCUCAAGGAGCACUACGACCCCACCAGCAUAGAUCAACCCCAACAGCAACAGCAGCAACAACAGCAGCAGCAAAAGGAGCCACUGGACAUGUGCGGACUUUCAGCAGAAGAUAAGCUACAACAGGAGCAGGAGAAGCUGGAUCAAGUAUUCCACGAUGUGCAGCUGAAUUUUGACAACUUUCACAAUAUUAGCCAUGUGGAUGACGAUGUAGUGGAUGAUGUGGGCGUCAAUAUGGUCAUACAUUCAGAUGCCUUGUCCCUGCAUAAGGCUGACGAUAAAUUGACUCCCAACGUUGGCUCCACAAAUCCAUCUACAUCCAAUGAUGUGGCCAAUGUGGUGGACGAUGUGGAAUUCAGCGAUACCGAGGAUAUGUUGGAGGGCAUACGCAAUGUGGUGGAUAAAGUAUCCAUUGAAGAUACCUGUGACGAACUGGUCGAUCUGGAGCUGACCUCAAGUGGCAUGCGUGCGCCUUGGUUUAACAAUAAUUUCACCGACAUUGCAUUCUCCGGCUUGCUGCUGCCCGGUGAGCCACCGCCACCUACGACACCGCCGCUAUUGAAGUCCACAGAAAUCGAAAAUGAGCAAAUGGCACUGCAUUUUCAACAACAUCCGCCAGCAGAGCAACCAACAACGCAGCAGCAACAACAUCACCAAUCCAAGCUGGACAUGUGCCACAAAAAACACUACAUUGAGACAACGCAGGCAAAUGAGGUCGGCGAGCUGGACAAAGAGCAUGAGCUGCCGGUGCGAACUCCUACGCCCACCGCUACUGGAUCGACCAUUGAGCAGCUGCAACGUUCGCCUCUGAUAAUCAACGAUUCGUUCAAACUGGAAGAGUGCAAUGCGGACCCAACAGACAGCAUGCCAUCUUCGCCAGCUGCCUCAGUGAUUGAUGAUAGUGCUGAGUUGUAUAUGCUGGACAUGGAGGAGGCCGGCAAGCAGCCGGGCGAUAACGACAAUGGUGAAGGAAGUGAGCUCAAGCGCAAGUUUCGUUGUGCCAAAUGUUCACGGGAUUUCAACUCGUACAAUGCGCUCAAGUAUCAUCAGUUUACACAUACGAAGGAGCGAGCUUUUGUCUGCAUUACCUGCGAUCGCGCCUUCUACACUCAAGGGGCCUUGAAGGCACACGCUAGGACACAUUCCGGUUUGAAGCCUUACAAAUGCGAGCAAUGCGACACGAGGUUCCGCCAGUGGGGCGAUCUCAAGUAUCACACGGACUCGAAGCACAGCAAACUCAAGCCGCACAUGUGUGAAUUCUGUGGCAAGAAUUUCUCGCGUAAAUACUCGCUGGUGGUGCAUCGAAGGAUACACACUUGUGAGCGUAAUUAUGCCUGCCAGUAUUGCGAGAAAACGUUUCGGGCCAGCUCCUAUUUGGUUGCCCACGUUAAGAUACACACUGGUGAAAAGCCAUAUGCUUGCACCAUUUGCGAUAAGAAGUUCCGCGUAAAUGGCGAUCUAAAGCGGCACGCUCGCAUCCACGAACCUGGCAGAGGAGCAAAACUUACGCGUGGCACGAGCAAAAAAUUGAAGCAAAUAGAAGAUGAGGACGAUGAUGAGAUGAAUUUGAAUAACAAGUCUGAUGCCGUUUGCGGCGACAAUGAGCAGGAAAUUUUGGGCUUAUAGCCAUGUGCCAAGGUUUCUACAAAAUAAUAGUAUUAAACUAUUUGUAUAUAUAUAGAUAUAGUAUAUAAAGAAUGCCUGUAAUUGAUAUGUACAUACAUCAGCUCCUUGAAACGUCGUUGAAGUACGAACUGACCACACUGUGUAGAUUAGUAAUUGUUUAUAAGUGUUUUAAGCAUAAAAGUAACGAAUAAAAUUUUAAAUAUGUAA